CCCACCCCUCCGGGCCUGUGCGGCGCAGGACCCUUCCGUCGGCAUGGGCCGGGUCCAGGUCAGCCGCUCCCCGUCCCGGGCCCGCCUAGUGCUGGCGGCGGCCCGCCGGCGCUGACCAGUUGUCUCCGUAGGGCCGCGGCGAGAGGACCAGAGUCCGCGCUUCCCAAGGAGCCGUGCCCGCCGCCCUGGAGGGGAUGGAGGGCUGCUCCAGAGCUCCCCGCAACCCCACGCUGGCUAGCCGCCUCUAGCUGCUCGAAUUGUGCGUUUUAUCCACCACCUCCUAGGCCUUGUCUCUUGAUUCAGUGGCGUCGUGAUUGGAAAGAAAUGGAAGAAAAGGAGCGAUGUGACCUAUUCCAGUCGGUCCUCCUGCGUUAAGGCCUGGUUGGCAUUUGCAGAGAGGAAGGCACAGCAAGGAAGGAAAUCGUGUCUUUCUGGAGGAGGGUGGGUAAAGAGUAACAAGGUCUUAUGUUUUGUAUGAUUUUUUAAAGCCCAGCACUUUGACGGUGGUGGCGAUAUAAACUAAUUCAAAAGUUAUUUUUCUAUUGGGAAGUGAGAAGAGGGGAAUUUUUCUUUUUCUUUUUUGAUCCCAACCUUUUCUCUCAGUGACAAAGCAUAAAUCAUGGACACCAGAGAAUAAGGUGGACCUCAGGAGGGAAGAGUGGGUUGUUUUCAGCCCUCUCUGGAACCUAAAAUUAAAAAAACAUGAGUUGCGUGCCAUGGAAAGGAGACAAGGCCAAAUCUGAGUCCUUGGAGCUGCCCCAGGCAGCACCCCCACAAAUCUACCAUGAGAAACAGCGCAGGGAACUUUGUGCCCUACACGCCCUCAAUAACGUCUUCCAGGACGGCAACGCCUUCACGCGGGAAACGCUGCAAGAGAUUUUCCAGAGGUUGUCUCCAAACACCAUGGUGACACCCCACAAGAAGAGCAUGCUGGGAAAUGGGAACUACGAUGUGAACGUCAUUAUGGCAGCACUUCAGACCAAAGGCUAUGAAGCUGUUUGGUGGGACAAGCGCAGGGAUGUCGGUGUCAUUGCUCUUACUAACGUCAUGGGGUUCAUCAUGAAUCUGCCCUCCAGCCUGUGCUGGGGACCACUCAAGCUGCCCCUCAAAAGGCAGCACUGGAUCUGCGUCCGAGAGGUGGGAGGCGCCUACUACAACCUUGACUCCAAACUCAAGAUGCCUGAGUGGAUCGGAGGCGAGAGUGAACUCAGGAAAUUUCUAAAACAUCAUUUGCGAGGAAAGAACUGUGAACUCCUGCUGGUGGUGCCAGAAGAGGUGGAAGCCCAUCAGAGCUGGAGGGCCGAUGUGUAACAGUUCUGCCCAAGCUGCCCCUGCCCCACCCUCCAGGUCUCUGUGAUGUGCUGUGGCCUGUGCGGUGGGUCUGCCCUGGCCGCUUCCCCAGACAUCUCAUUGGGCUUCCCCUUCCGAUCUGCCAGUGCACUAGGCCAGGUGUGUGGACUGUCACAAGAACCACCCACUGUCUGUGACUGGGAAAGGAAGGGAAGGGCCCACGCACUGAAGGCCAGCCAUUGGGAAGGCAGGGUGGGUCCCAGCUGUUUGCCCCUUUCUCUGAGGACCUGACAGAGGUUCUGCUGGAAUCAUCGCUGCUGCUCCAGGCUCCCCCCACUUUUCUCUGCCAUGGCACCAGUGGGUCUGAAGACACAGUUUUGUCUUUUUUGAAGACAAAACCCAGCAACUGCCUCCAAGGACCCAGAGCAUAAGUGUCUCUCAGGAAAUCGUCUCCCGGACCCCAGCAGCAGUACCACAUGCUGGGCCAUCUGCAGCUCUUAAUGCCACCCCACCCCACUUUUACAGGUGGUUUAUGGCCAGCCUUGAGCUUUAUAAUGAAAAGUUCUCUAAUAUUCCAAGCCAGGUGGCUAAAUCCCACAAUCUUCUGGCAAGACAAGGGUGAAUACAUAGCUAAGAGGAUGUGGCUAAAGCCAAACUGGGACAGGCAUGGGGUGGCUUUUCUUCACUCCAGUUUGUCCAUACCAUUUCACUACAUUGAUUUAGAAGGCUCUGGAGCAAAAGUCAAGGAAAAUGGGCAGUUUUCAUACUUUGUCCACUCUGGCAAAAUCAGAAAAUGAUGUUUACCCUUGAUAGCAAAUUCCACUAGCUUGGGACAGAAGUGGAUGAGGGAAGUAAUGUGAAGAUAACGUUUCUCAGAGUUAAAGAGCGAAUAGAAAUGGCAGAGAUCCUGGGCUCCAAGGCUGAGUCACUGUGUUGACAAGCAGCAGAGCCUACAAGUCGGUGGUUCUGUGCAUUGUUAUAGGACCUGGGUUUGUCAUCUCCAUGUAGUUUCCUUUACAAAUCACCGGAUUGACCCACCCCCUACCUCGAGGUAGUUGUAGGCCACAUUUCUCCUGUAACGUUGGAAAACAAAAGAGGAGAGGAAGUUGUCAUACCAUGUGUCACCAAAGUGGCUGUGGUUGCCUUAGGACAGGUGGGCAGGUAGGGGCGACAUGGCCAGCCCUUCCAGAUCCAUGGUCUUGGCAGGUUGGAGGGCUGCCCCACUGGCCAGACUUCUCUCCAGCAGCAGAGCCAGCCUGGGGCUUGCAUGUUGAUCCUCAGCAAGCUUCACAGGGGAAGCCAAGGUUUGCUCCCCACUGUGACUGGAGUGCAUGUUUACACCAGCACUUUUUCUGCACAUGUAUCUUCAAUCCAACAAGGCUGUUUUUUAUGCCGAGUAACAAGAGGCCCCAAGCAGCAACUGCAUUAUGCCCUCUCAGCAACUGGCCAUGGUCUCUGCACCAUUUUAUACACCAGACCUGCUUGGCACCACAGGGAGCUCUUUCCCCCUGCACAAUGACAUUCCACCCACACCAGGCAGGAAGUUACAGCCAACCUUGCUGACUGUCACAAGCAGGACUGUGGGUCCAUUGGCACUGUCAGUGAGAGUAAGCCAUUUCCUGGGAGGAGGAAACUCCUCUCCACAAAUUUGAUUGGGCUUGUGCAAAUGGCACUUCAGAGUCCCAUGCACAUGGAGUGCACGAGCCAAUGGAAUAUGCAAAGAUGCUUCAACAUUUCAGGGCUGGUUUCUCUGUUCAUAUCCAAUUCUGGUGCUUAGGAACGGGGACCCAUGCUGAUGCCCAAGGGCGGAAAGCCCACUCCUCUAAGGAAGGGAGCAGGCCUGACCCUGAUGCCCCGUAAGGGGCAAUCCUAGGCUUUGUUUUUCUUGCUUUUGUUCCCUUUUUUUGUUGGCCUUGUGCUGGGUUUGUUUACAAAAGAUGUAUUUUGUUUAACCAAAUAUUAAAAAUGGAAAACUCCAUACGUGAAUCUUGUCUGCCUGAAUUCUAUAAUUAUGUAAAGAAAAAAAAUAAACAAUAGUAUGAUGCUGUU